GGGCUGUUUGCUGACACCAUCAGUGCCCUUAAAGACCUGCUCAAGAGUCUCCUGCAGAGGAACCUGACCCCCCACGGGCUGCAGGACAUGUUUGCGCAUUUAGGCCCCUGGAUCAAGUCGAGCAAGGAACACGAGCGGCAGCGAGCUGUGGAGGUCAGCGCUGCUUUGCUGGACUUCUACCUGAGCAAGCUCAACGUCAGCACCGUCAUCCCCUUCUACAACCUCGGUGUCCUGAUCGCCCUCUUCUCGCCGCGCUGCUCCGACUCGCUGGCCAGCGUCCGCCAGCACGCCGUCGACUGCGUCUACUGCCUGCUCUACAUCCAGCUCUGCUACGAAGGUUUUGCCCGGGAUCACAGAGACGAGAUGGUGGAGGGGCUGAAAGCUCUGAAGAAAGGUCUGGAGGAGCCCGAUUUCACCGUUCUCUUCCAUACCUGCAACAACAUUGCCAUGGUGAUCGGGAAGCGCGUCCCGCCGGACCAGCUGAUGAGCCUCCUGCUCGCCAUGUUCGAGGGGCUGGCGGACCCCGAUAAGAACUGCUCCCGAGCAGCCACCGUCAUGAUCAACUCCCUUCUCAAGGAGCGUGGAGCAGUCUUGCAGGAGAAGGUGCCCGACAUCAUGAGCAUCAUCCACAGCAAACUGGAGGAGGUGGACGAGGAGCACAUCCGCAAGGCAGCCCAGCAGACGGUUUACGUCCUUGCCUCCCAGCACAAGAGUGUGGUGGUGUCCAGCCUCCUGAGCAGCUCGCUGCCCUUCGACAGGUCCUGCCCCGCUUCGUCGCAGCAGCCCGGGCUUUGCCUGAGCUCCGGAGCAGCUUUCGCUUAA